AUGACCCAUUCUUGGCCUUCCCCUCUAACUGCGAUUCACACUCCUGGACAUACAGAGUCCAAUAAAUUUCAUUUUAAUCAAAAAGAAUCUAAACAGCAUGCUCCUGUUACUUACAGCAAGCAAAAGAGGCGUGAUGCUCAAGCCAAAGGCUUAACAACAAGUCUUUCAUAUCAAUCGACACUUGAAGAUGACCUGAAGCUUAGCAGUGAUGAAGAUGACGGUGCAAUGGUAUCACAAAGAUCUGUCCAUCAGGUCAUUCCUGACAGUGCUUCAAUGCAGCAGCAGCUCAAUGGCUCAAGACCAAGACAUUCCAGUGAGAGCUCCAGCACCUCCACCGAGUCAGAGAGCAGCUCCGAGUCGGACUCAGAGAAUGAGAGCAGCUCCAGUGAAACAGACAGAAGCAACCCCCCUGCCAGCCCAAGCCCAGAGCCAGAACAGCCAUCAUCUACCAAAUGGCAACUGGACAAAUGGUUACACCAAGUCAAUCCUCCUGCCAAGAAUGCUUCUUUCAAACAGGAGAACAGGACCUAUCAUUUAAGUGCUAAAAAAGAAUUAUUCAGUCAAUAUAAAACAACCUAUCUUAACCGGGAAGGUGAACUGGAGCUGCAGCUUCCUGAUAUCAAGGACAGGGAGCGUCACAUCCCAGACAAAGCUGACUCAAAGCCUAAGGAUGCAAUUCAAACUGUCAGGAUUAAAACAUUCAGGCAGAGGGAGCCAUCAGCCAUUGAAGCCGGAUCUCAUAGGUGUCUUGUUACUAAAAAAAAGUUAAUAAGGACAGACAGGACACCCAGUGGCGAUAAGCUAAAUAGCUGGCAGGAUUACAGCAGAGUAAUAAAGGUCCCGGAACAUUGCUUAGAGAUCCAGCCCAAACAAAGACCUCAUACUAAUAAAGCAGGCCAAAGGAAAAGCUUUGCUGGUACAUGUGAGGAGCCGCAACACAAGGAGCCUCAGCGCAAGGAGCCUAUGCAAAUUAUCUCAAAAUCCAAGGAAUUUGUUCACAGUGAAUGUUCCACCUCCUCUUCCUCAUCAUCUUCAUCAUCCUCCUCCUCCUCUGAGUCAGACUCAGAAGGGGAAAGAGAUAAUUUACCCAUUGUAGCCAAAGUCCCUGCAGACUCCACUUCACCGGCCACAACUCUUAAACAAAGAGAGUUCCAGGGCAGCAUCCUAAACAGGGUGAGGGCAUCCGGGAGAGUGGGGUCCCUGUUGGCCACUGACAUCACAAGCAGUUCAGAGGAGCAACUUUACACUCUGGUACCCUUUGGCCGGAACGAGGUAGUGUCACCCCUUAAAAACAGUGAGGAAGUCAAGUCCCUCCUUGUCAAGAUUGACCUAAGAUAUCUCUCCAGGAUUCCAGGACAGUUUAUGAAAGACGUUUUCUCUGAAAGAACAGAGAAGAAAAACAAAGAGGAGGAGAGCAUGUGGCAUGCAAGCAACAACAAUAUUAUCAGCUCACCAGGGAGAGAUUCUUCUAAAACAAGAAGAAAAAGAAAGUCUGAAAAUGGAACCACACAAAGAAGCAGUAAAAGACACCCCAUUGAUAGAGAGCAUUCUGCGCCUUAUAUGGACUCAGUUAGCACCGUUCCUAGGAUGGCAUACACGGACAGCUGCAACAGCUUUCCAGAGCCAUUCUGUAAAAAUGACGUUAGUCUACUUUCUCCUGCGUCACCGCAUUCUGAUGGAUCAAAACUACGAUACAGCAGCAGUGAGCCCCUUGCUUCUAGCAGACUAAGUGAUGGUGGUAGAUUGGCUCCCAACACCUUCUGUAAAUUCCGGCAACAAGAAAUCCGACUGCCAUCAGCAGAAUUAAAUAAAGUACACCACAUUGUUUCGGAGCAUAUUUUCCUCAGUAAAGUCCAUCCCCCUCAGCGGGACCUGUGCUCCCAUCAGCAGCAAAUCGACUUUAGGAAACAGCAGAUGCUAUCUGACGACACAGUCCAAGAUGCAGAGUUUUACAUGCAAGAAGCUAAGAGGAUGAAACACAAAGCAGACGCAAUGGCAGAUAGAUUUGGAAAGGCUGUCCACUACAUUGAUGCAGCAUUGUCAUUUAUUGAGUGUGGCAAGGCAAUGGAAGAUGGGCCAGUUGAAGCUAAAUCUCCAUAUACUAUGUACUCAGAAACUGUGGAGUUAAUCAGGUAUGCUAUGAGACUGAAAAGCCACUCGGGGCCGGGUGCCAGUCAAGAAGACAAACAGCUUGCUGUCUUGUGUUUUCGCUGCUUAUCUCUGCUGUACUGGAGAAUGUUUGUAUUAAAGAAGGACCACGCUAUCAAGUAUUCCAAAGCACUCCUGGAAUAUUUCAAGAAUUCUUCAAAAGCAGUUCAACUCCCAUGUUCAUGGAGUGUCUGUGGAAACAGAAGCACGGGAACUCCGUCUCCAAUGUCCCCCACGACAUCGCCCAUCAGCUCGGUUGGUUCACAAGGCAGCUGUUGCAGCAAUAGUGCUAUCCCUCCAUCUCCUAAUUCACUCAUCACCAUUCCCCAGCGCAUUCAUCAAAUGGCUGCCAACCAUGUUAACAUCACCAACAGCAUACUGUACAGCUAUGAGUACUGGGAGGUGGCAGACAACUUAGCCAAAGAAAACAAAGACUUUUUCAAUUACCUUAAUGCUCUGAUGGGACCUGUGACAUUGCACAGCAGCAUUGCACACCUGGUUCAGUACACUCGACAAGGCUUGAACUGGAUACGCCACAGAACACAGUUCUCGUAGGGACGGCCGCUACACCAGCAUUCCAGACACUGUCUUACAUACAGUACUCCUUCUGAAUUUUUCUUUUUCUCUCACUGUUUAUUUAUAAUGUGCAAGUAUUUGUAUUUGUGUCAAAAGAAAGCCUAAUUCCCCAUAAUCUUAGUAACGAACAAAAGGGAUUGAGUUCAAAAACAACCGUCAAUAUUGGUUAGCUCAAUAAGACUGUCCCUUGUUUUAAUAUGCCAUAUUAAGAUGUUAUUAUCAUGGGCAUUCUGGGAAGACACAUUCUCUGUCUUUCAGUUUACAAGUACGCAUUUAUUGACUGAGUUAUACAAAUGUGUACUGUAACUCAAAACAUAAUGAAAUUAAGAGUGAGCUCUUCUCUGGCCUGCUGAAGUAUGUUUUAGUUAGAUCGAUUGUCCAGACUAAUUUGGUUAGACGUUAGUGUUUAGCAGGGAGUAUCAAGCCUUGGGUUUGUAGCUGAGGGCUGAAUCCAUAGCUGGCUAGAGGUUAAUAACUGAGGGUACCAAGGGCACUAGUCUGUUAAUGAAAUAGCUUUAGGCUGCUCUUUUAGGGCUAGGGAAACAAACGUUUGUUGUAGACUCUAAUGUGGACUGAAGUGUUCAACCAUCUUGGUGUGGAUGUGUGUGUAGGAGGGUGAAUUCCUUAUUUCUUUAUGAGCUUUAUAAUGUAAAAUCGUGUUGUGUGUAGGUAUAAAGAUUCUG